AUGCAACCAACCCUCAUCUUCGUCCUUUUCUCCCUUUCUCUCCUCUGUCACGCACAGAGCCGAUAUGACUACCCUUCGGCGAACCUCAACACCACCUGGAUCAACAACCGCCACUUCGCCUCCAACUCAAUCAACUUCAUCAGCGGCGCCAAAGUGCGCAUCAUCCUCCUCAAGAGCUCCGGCGGCCCCAGCUUCGCCUGCGGAUUCUACUGCUUCCCCCCCUGCCAUGGCUUCCUCUUCUCCAUCUUCCUCAUCAACACCACCAUUUUCUCCGAACUCUACACUAAUAUCAACCACGACCUACCUUUCUUGUGGUCGGCUAACCGCGAGCGCCUUGUCAAUUGGAACGCCAUCCUUCACUUCACCAAAGGCGGUGACUUGAUCCUCCUUGACUCCGACGGCACCUUCGUUUGGUCAACCAACACCUCAAACCGCUCUGUUUCAUCCCUGAAUCUCACUUCUUUCGGCAAUCUCAUGCUUCUCAACGACAAAAAUGAGACUGUUUGGUCUUCCUUCGACCACCCAACGGAUACUCUGCUUAAUGGCCAGACGCUAAAACUUGGACAAAGCCUUACUUCCAAUUACCUUGCCGAUAAUACCACUCGAGGUAUGUACUAUCUCUCGAUUCUAGGAGACGGCUUUUACGCCUAUGUUAACUCCAGCCCUCCUCAGCUUUACUUCAAGUUAUUCCAAAAUAUCAGGAAAAUAACUCCAGCUUACAAUCUCACGUUGAAGGACGGCCACCUUAUAUGGCCUGAUGGUAAUGCUAAGGUAAUUGUAUUCCCGGAGAAUUGGGCUGUUCUGUUCAUUAGAUUGGAUUACGAUGGCCAUUUGAGAGUAUAUGGAAUUGGACAGAAUUUCAAUCAAGGACUAACGAUGUUGUCUGAUUUGACAAAUUUUCUUCUUGGUUACUGCGAUUAUCCCAUGGCUUGUGGGGAGUAUGGGAUUUGUUCAGAAAGACAGUGCAGUUGUCCUGUAAAUACUAGUGUUGGAGACUCCAGUUACUUCAAGAGGGGCAAUUCGCUUAAAAGCUGCUCUCCUGUGAAUCAGAUUUCCUGUCAAUCUGCAGAAAACCAUCGCCUUUUGCCUUUGGGCAACAUCUCCUACUUCAAUUACAUCGAUCCGAAUGCUGCUGCUCUUCGUGGAACGGAUGAAGAGACCUGUAAGCAAGCUUGUUUGAUGAAUUGCUCCUGCAAAGCUGCACUUUUUAAGUAUGGAGGAGAUUUUUUCCAUGGAGAUUGUUAUCUCCCUACGGAGAUCUUCUCCUUGAAAAACUCUUCUUCGGGUAACUACAACUCAUCAGCUUACAUCAAGAUGCAGAUUGCACCAUCGGUAACAGCAAAUCAUUCUUCAACAUCGAAGGAAAAAUUAAACAGAAUCAGUGUAUUCAUCGUCAUACUCGGAAGCUUGCUCUUCACAUCCUCUGUGAUUUUGUUCAUCAUUCUCCAUUUCAGAAGGCAAAAAGGACCUAAGAACUCACUAGUUAUCUAA